AUUUUCGAUGAGUUCAGGGUAUAAAAAACAAAAAUGAGAGUAAGCGUGAAUAAUCUCUUGGGAAUCAGUUGUUAGUGAAUCGAACUGAAGUGAGACCCAUCAUAAAACAGUCGCCAAGUACAAUUCAAUGUCUCAGUUUUAUUGAGAUUGCGAAUCAAUCGACAUCGCGAAGGUAAUCGUAUUAGCAGAUAUAGAUCGAAUAUAUAAGUGAAUGCUUGACUAGUUCCCUGUACAAGUGACAAAUUUUUAAUUUUUUAAACAUAAACAUAUAUACCUGUCUAUUCUACGACUAGAUUUACAUAUAGAUAUGACAGUGUUUUCAAAAUAUGUUGGCCGUUUAACGGAAAAAUAUGAGCAAUCUAGACUGCCAAAGCAGGCAUUCAGUUAUGCCCUAGUGGGUACUGCCCUAUUUGCAUUAACCGUUAAGGUAACUGUACCAUAUAUCCGAAAUGCCCCAUGCAUUAAACACAAAAAUGAAAAUGCGGGUGCACUUACACCGGCAGAGAUAUAUGGAAUGGACGAAGAAUUUAAGCUCGCCGAGGCAGAGAAACUGCUGGUCGAAAAGCAAUUGAAACAGAAAAAUAAGCAAUUGCUUGAACCGGGCUUAAACAAGGAGUUUCUGAAGCAACUCGGCAUGCUGGUUAGGAUAAUGAUACCGCAAAAAUUAUGCUAUGAGACUGGGCUUCUAACUGUUCAUACAUUGUGUCUCAUCUCCCGGACAUUCCUUAGCAUAUAUGUGGCAGCAUUAGAAGGAGCAAUCGUAAAGUUUAUCGUCCGCAAAGAUGUCAAACAGUUCGCACUCGUUUUACUAAAAUGGUUUGGCAUUGCAAUACCUGCGACAUUUAUCAAUUCAAUGAUACGAUUUCUGGAGAGUAAGCUAUCAUUAGCAUUUCGAACUCGAUUGGUGCGUCAUUCGUAUCGUUUGUACUUCAAGAAUCAAAACUACUAUCGAGUAUCAAAUCUAGAUGGACGCAUCGAAAAUGCCGAUCACAGACUUACGGAGGAUAUUUCAGUAUUUGCCAGCUCUGUAGCACAUUUAUAUGGCAGUUUGACCAAACCUUGCUUCGAUCUAAUGUUGAUUGGCUUGGCUUUAAUGCGCUCCUCCAGAAAGAUGAAAGCUAAUAUCUUAUCAGGGCCUGCGCUGUCAGUCAGUGUUAUUGCACUUACCGCUCAUAUUUUGCGCGUUGUAUCCCCUAAGUUUGGCCAGCUGGUAUCGGAGGAAGCAAAUCGGUAUGGUUAUCUAAGGCAUAUUCAUUCACGCAUAAUUACAAAUGCGGAAGAAAUCGCAUUCUAUAGCGGACAUAAAGUGGAGCUACAGCAAUUGAGGCAAGCGUAUAAUCGCCUUGUUAAUCAAAUGAAUAAUAUAUUUAGUCAAAAACUUUGGUUUAUAAUGCUAGAGCAAUUCUUUAUGAAAUAUGUAUGGUCCGGCACAGGCAUGGUGAUGGUUUCUCUGCCAAUAUUAACAGGAGCAGCUGUAUCCACAACGACAUCGUCAUCCAAUAAUAAGACCAUCGAAAGAACUGAGUCGAGUGUUAGUGAGCGAACCCAAUACCUGACAACGUCCAGAAAUCUACUGAUUUCGGCAGCCGAUGCCAUAGAGCGUUUAAUGUCCUCUUACAAGGAAAUUGUAGCAUUGGCCGGCUAUACCUAUCGAGUAGCUGGGAUGCUAGACGUUUUCGAAGAGACCGCUCAAGGCAUUUACAGCAAAGCCUCGGUAAUUGAGAAUGAGGAAAUAAAUGGCAUCAUUGAGUUUCGUGACGGCAAACCCAUUGCAAAGGGACGUAUAAUAUAUAUCGAUGAUCCCAGCAACAUGUCCAUCAGCCUUCGAGCCGUGCCGGUCGUAACACCCAACUGUGAUAUUGUUGUUCCCAGUUUGACCCUUUGCAUUGAACCGGGUUUUCAUUUAUUGAUAACUGGUCCAAAUGGCUGUGGCAAGUCCAGCUUGUUUCGCAUAUUAAGUGGUCUGUGGCCUAUCUAUGCCGGCGAGCUGCACAUUCCCCGCCCUGUGGAAAAUAAACCCUGCAUGUUUUAUAUACCCCAAAGACCAUAUAUGUCAAUUGGCAGCCUUUGUGAUCAAAUCAUAUAUCCAGAUACUCGUGAAGAUAUGAAACGAAAGGGUAUUACUGAAAAUGAGUUGAUGAGCAUUUUAAAGUUGGUCUGCCUAGAGCAUAUUGCACAACGUGACAGUUUCGAUGUGGUGCGUGAUUGGAAAGACAUUCUCUCCGGAGGUGAAAAACAACGAAUGGCUGUCGCUCGUCUAUUUUAUCACAAGCCACGGUAUGCUCUUCUUGACGAAUGCACUAGUGCGGUUUCAAUAGACGUGGAAAGCUCAAUAUAUGAAGUUGCUAAGAGCAUGGGCAUUACGCUUUUGACAAUCACCCAUAGACCAACCCUAUGGAAAUUUCAUACACAUAUUCUGGAAUUCGAUGGCCUGGGAAGCUGGAAGUUUAGGCAAAUGGAUACUAAUGAAAAGCAAAAGGAAAAAUUCGUUCAUUAAUAUCUAUAUUGAGUAUUAAUAAGUAUAUUGUGAAUAAAGGCUAAAUAUAUAUGUUUAUAGAUCUGUAAA